AUGGGAUGCUAUUGCAUAGUAAACUAUGUCCAUGACAGCUUACAUUUUGCAGAAGCAAGACAUCACUAUGGAGAUCCAGAGGGUUGUGGAACGGACCUUGUUGCAACGGUUCCAACCGAUGAAGACGAGUACAAAGAGUGGCUCGAAAAACAAAAGGAUUUCUACGCAUCUGAAUUGGAAAGACUCAACGAGUUGGAAGAAGAGCUUGGUGAAGUUGACGAAGAAGACAUUAAACCGUAUCUUCAGAUGCCGGGCUUUGAAUGUUAUCGCAGUGGCCUUUGGCCCAAUUAUGAAUAUGAAUACACCAUUGACCUCUCAGAGGAACGGUUCUCCGUCGGCAAUGCGCAUUUCCCUCUCUGGAAUAUUCCCCGAGGAGACGAUGGAAAAGCGUGGAUCAAAUAUCUGGACCCCGACUCUCAUGGAAUCUGCCUACGCCCCGAUACACCGAGUCAGCACUGCCAUCGUGUUCCACUGAUGCUGCAGCCUGUAUCAGAAGCAGGCCUUGCUGCUUACAGGACUGUGGCUUUGAGUGUUAAGACAAUCAAUGAGUCCACUUGGAUGCCUCAUCGAGACGGCAAGCUCAGCAUGGUCCUUUCAUCAACCAUCAUUCGAGCUCUCAUGAUGUAUCACUACACUGAUAUGCAAAGCAAAUUUCUUGUAGAAGGCGAUGAUGCGGAACCGCUUCAAACAUAUGCCCAACUUCUGUUGUGUGCUGCAUCCCCUGCAGGCUUUAUGCUUUCCAGUCUGCCUGCAGACCCAUAUCUCGGUGAUCCAGUUAGAAGACCUCCACGUGCUUUUUAUAGAUACAGAGGUUGCAUUAUUUUCGUUACUCUAGACUGUUCGACGCUGGAACAGUUGCAAUCCAAUAUCGGACUCACAAUUGAACACGCACGAGAAAAUAGGACAGACGACUGCACAUUCAUCAUAUUCUCCAUCCACCACAUAGCGAUUGCGAUGAUAUCUGGCGCGGUGACAGGCGCACUGCACGUCUCUCACAGCAAUAUUAUACUGUUUUUUGCGGCAUUUGGCUUUGAGGGUCUGGAGACUGGCCUUCAUCUCAUCGCUCAUUACCUUCGACCACAUUGCAUUGAUGGAGGUGUAAUUACAAUCAUUCCCUUCGACGUUCUUAUCUGA